AAAUAAUAAAAAUAUGCACUUGUCUUGAAUGUUUCUGUUUUGAAAUAUAUUACCAUUACGGUGAAUGUCUAAUCACUGGUAUAAAAAGAUGACAACGAAUAAAUGUAGGUUAAAGAGUAUUUGAAAAAUAACAACAAUUUGAAUUCAAUCAUAUCAACUAAAUUUGACCAAGCAUGAUGAAGAAUACAUUAAAACUGGUCUUAUUUACAUAUAAAUAACAAACGUAAAAUAAUUUUACUGUAUAUUUAAAAACUUUCUACAAAUGUAAAACCGAGUUGUUACAAAUGUAAAAACGUUGCUGGUGACAUAUGUUAUGAAAAAACGUCAUAAAUGUAAAAGCAACAUUUUGGUCACAUAUGUAAAAUCAAUUUCCUACAAAUGUAAAACACAAUUUUCUCAAUCACCCUGUGAUUUCAUCUGUAUGAAAUAGUUUCGCCUUCAUAGCCGGAGUGUUCUAUACAGUGAUAUGUAUUCUCAGAGCGUUUGGGGUAUAUACGGGUAAAACCUAUAUAAUAUAUGCCCUGCUGAGUAUAAACGAAACCGGUAGGCAAAUAUAAUGUUACUCAUGUAAUGUUGUUUAUAUUUUCUUUAUAAUAUACUUGAUCCGGUACAGACUUUUGCAUUAUAUAUAUUACGAAAUUCUCGCUUUUUGUGUUCUACUUCAAUGCAGGCUUGUUGCAGUACCAGUAGUACUGCUACUGAAGCCAUUUAAGCAACUACUGGUACUGCUACUGAAUUACGUGGUCAAAAUUGGGCGACUACUGUUACUGAUACUGCAUUACUGUCUCAAAAAAGUGGAACUGGUACUGCAGCACUCAAUCAGUACUUUGAUUAUUUUUUUCUUUGUUGUUUUGAUUUUCAAAAAAUUGUACUAUUUUUAUGAAAUGGUGCCUUUAUAACUUAGCAUCUAAUACAUGCUGCCUUUAAUAUAAUUUAGAUGUUAUGCCUUUAAGCAAUCAUAUUUAUUAACAUGACUGAAGCAUAUAUCACAGAACAGCAAUUAUGGGAUAAACCUGUUUUGCUGUUGAAUGUAUAAUAGCGAUAUAAUAGCAAUCCUGCACUGAUUUGAGCUGUCAUCAAUAACAAUGAAAUGGUCAGUUCGCUCAGUUUUCAGUAUAAAUAGUAAAGUAUUAAGAGUAAAGUAACUUAUUUUUUGUAUGAAACAGUCAUUGCUGGUCUCUCUGGAUAUGUGGAUGUUUUUUUUCUGAAUUUGAAAAUGAGCUGGAACAAAUUUUUCAAACUACCGGAAAACACAGAGGGCACGUUAAAAGCAAAAUGCUUGCAUUGCCCUUCUGAAAUAUCUGGAUCAUUGAAGGUGUCUUCUAACCUCAUCAAGCAUUUGAAAUGCAAGCACAGGGAGGAGUAUAUGAUGACAUGUACCAACAAAGACGACGAAAUCCCAACCAGUAAUAACAUCAUAUGCUCAAUCGACUGACACAGCUAAAUAUGGUGAUAAUCAUCCUAAACAGAUGCAGGCGAUAGAUAAAUUAGUAGAAUAUAUAGCAGGGGUUCUGUUACUUCUAUCUACUGUUGAAAGUCAUUUUUUUAGACAUUUGUUGAGUGUUUGAAUCCCAAGUUUUCAAUGCCAGGCCGUUUCAAAUUAACUAAUAGUCUGAUAAAAGAAAAAGCUGAUCAAAUAAGAAAAAGAAUAACAACAAACAUGCACACAGCAAACUAUAUCUGUUUCACCAUUGAUCUAUGGAGUAACCGCCAAAUGAAGGCAUUUCUUGGCAUCAAUGGUCAUUACAUCAACAAUUGGGAAAUGCACUCUGCCAUGAUUGCUUGUAAUAGAUUCAUCGGCCGACACACCGGUGAAAAUAUUCGCAAUGAGUUUGACAAAGUUGUGUCAACUUACAAUUUAGAGAAUAAAAUAGCAUGCGUCAUAUCGGAUAAUGCCUCUAACAUGGUUAAAACAUUUAAAGUGGACAUUCCAGGUUUCAAGAAUUCCUUGGAUGGUGAUACAGAGUCUGAUACAGAGUGUGAUGAAACUGAUGAUAAAGUUGGGAAUGAUGAUGAAAAUCUUGAGACUGUUGAUGUGGAGCAUGAAUCCUUCUUUCCAAAGCACUUAAGGUGCUACGCACGUAGCCAGCAACUAGUCGUCCGAGAUGCUUUCAAGAACUGCGGAAGAGAACUAAAGAAAGCACUUACGAAAGCUGCUUCCAUUGUUAAUCAUGUAAGAAGGUCAAUAACAGCAACCGAACUACUUGAGGGGGAGAAGCGUUUGCAGACGGCAACAGUUACAAGAUGGAACAGUCAGCUGAUGAUGGUGAGAUCGGUUCUGAGUGUCGAUGCCAAGAAGCUGGAAGAAGUGAAUGCCCCAGUCAAGCUUACUUCAUUUGAGAGAAAGUUACUGAAUGAGCUCUGUGAAGUGCUAAAGCCAUUUGAAUUUGCCACAACAAUUGUGCAAAAAGAGAAGUCUGUGUCGGCAAGCUUAGCGAUCCCCACAACACUGCAACUAAAACAUAAUCUGAAAGAACUGAAAAACACAGCAAAACUAGAACACCAAACAGUAAAGUUCAUAGACAUCCUAGAGGAAUCUAUUGAUUCUAGAUUGAUCAGAUACGAGCAGGAAGAUGAGUACGUUCUUGCCACAAUGCUCGAUCCACGCUUCAAGCUGGACUGGUGUACACAAAACUUCUCAAAGCAUGAAGAUCUUCUAGUGUCCAAGCUUCGGCAGACUUCCGUGACCGAAUGUGAAGAAACAUCACCACCUAGAAUGGUUUCCAAGGGAGACUUCUUCAGUUUUAUGGAUAAUGUCAGAAGUCCAGCUCGCAAGAGGCAUCAGUCUGGAAAGACAACAUGUGAAGUGGAGAGAUACCUCAGUGAACCAUAUAUCCACAGAAAUGAUGAUUCACUGAAGUAUUGGUCCAGCCACAGCAAAGUAAGCCCGGGUCUAGCAGAAUUUGCCUCAAAAUAUCUGACGAUUCCAUGCACCAGCGCCCCAGUAGAGCGACUCUUUUCUAUAGCUGGCAAGAUAUUUCGGCCAGAUAGGUGCCGGAUGAAUGACGAGACAUUUCAUAACCUUAUAAUGAUCAAAUGCAAUUCAGAAGCUAAAAAUGCAUAAAAAGUUAACAAGUGUGUUGAAACUUUAAACAUGAAUAACUAUACAUAAAGUGCUGUGUUCAAGGUUAAACAAAUACAUAAAUGAUAUUCUCGCACUAAUGUAAUAUGCACUAGAGUUAAGUUAGA